UGGCGUCAUAUACAUUUCCUACUGCCAAUGCAAGAUGCUGCCCGUGCUGCCUGUGUGUCUCACUCCUUUCUAUGCUCCUGGAGAUGCUAUCCCAAUCUUAUCUUCGUGGAAGAAACAAUGUGCUCCAAAGAAAAUUUACGUAAGACAACAGUGGGAUCAAAUGGUAUACGAGACUACAACAACAAUAUCCACCGUGUUUUAACAAACCACUCAGGUGCUGGCGUGAGGAAAUUCAGGCUUGAAUAUCAUGUUCCUUAUGAUGCAAAAUCAUAUCGCCGUCUCAGUAGUUGGCUUCAGAUUGCUGUCACACCAAGUAUUGAAGAACUCAACCUUGUAGUAUGGCCGAAAGAGGCAACAUUUAUUUCGCAAAAAAGAAAGAAAAAGGCAACGUUUAACUUUCCAAUCACACUGAUGUCUGACCUGUGUAAAGGCUCAAUUCAGCAUCUUCACCUUACCAAUGUGGACCUGCAUCCAACAUUUCAACUUGGUUUGAGAACCUUGAAAUCGCUCCAUCUGCAUGGCGUGAAUAUUACGGGGGACGAGUUAGGGUGCCUUCUAUCUAAUUCCUUUGCUUUGGCACACUUGAGACUUCAAUAUUGUCAUGACCUCAUUCGCCUGGAGAUACCUUGUCUGCUGCAGCGGCUCAGGUUCCUGGAGGUGCUUGAAUGUAGUCUUCAAGUGUUAGAGAUCAAUGCUCCAAAUAUCUCCAGAUUCCGUUUCAUGGAUUAUGAUGUGCAACUCUCGCUUGGAAAGUCACGGAAAAUGAAGAACCUGAUGUUGAACAAUAGCUGUGGCAUCAGUUAUGCUAUUGACAACCUUCCUUCCUGUGCGCCGAAAGUUGAGACUCUUACCAUACAUUCUAGUUAUGAGAUAAUUAAUGCACCAGUGGCGUCUGGCAAAUUUUGCCACCUCAAGAUCUUGAUUAUUUAUUUUUUGGGACUCCAUUCUCAUCGGGACUAUGAUUAUUUAUCCUUGGUUUCUUUUUUUGAUGCUUCUCCUUUGUUGGAGAAGUUUGUCUUGUUUGUAUCACCUGUGCAGUCCAAGUAUGACUGGUUUGAGGGGGAUCCCUCAUCUCUGAGACAAAUGUCAGAACACCGCCAUCGCAACCUCAAGAGUGUGAAGAUCAGCAGUUUCUGCCCCCAAAAAAGCAUGGUUGAGCUAGCACGUCAUAUUCUUGAGAAUGCAACAUCGCUUGAGUGCCUUACAUUGGACACUACUCCUAUUAGUUACCGAUGUUCUGGCGAUAUAUUGGACAGGAAAUGCCCUCCACUGGAAACUGCAUGUGUAAGGGAUGCACAUAAAUCGCUCUUGGCUGUGAGAACAUACAUCGAGGGGAAAGUUAGCUCUACAGUCAAGUUAAACCUACUAGGGCCUUGCACCCGGUGUUAUGCUAUGUGCAAUUCAGAUGUGAAAUCAUCAUGCUUAUCCUGUGUUAAAUUAUGUAAGUUUAGCUGUGUUGUGCUUUGCAUUUUAAGUUUGUAUAGCUGUCUAGUGUUUGGGGUUCUGUGAUACUACUUUCUUUAUCAGCAGACAAUCCAUUUUAUGUAAUAUUACUGG